CUCCAUCUCUCGUUUUUUUUUUUUUUUUUACCACCUUCCUUUACGCUUUCUCUCCUUUAAUUCAAACCCUCUCUGCAAUCUAAUAAUCUCAGCCUCCUCGCCCGAUAAAAACCAAAAUCCUUCGCGUGGUUUCUUAAUAUUAAUCACGGAAUUUUCAGAUCUAUAUCUCCACUAAUCACUGAAAAAUGUCUUUUGCACGGAAUUAUCGUUCACAAGGAGGAACAUGCCAUGAUGAUCGGUGGACCUCUUUCAAUGGAAACAAUUUCAACCAUAGAAACAGGAACGUCAAUGUGAAUAGGAGCAGCAACUACAACUACAUCUGGAAUCAUAGCAAUUUCCGUGAUUUCUCCUCGGGGAAAUUCAGGGACCAUGUCAAUGGUUAUGCUAACCCUCCUACUGUUGGACCAGCUUUUAAAAGGAGAAAAUUUAGUGUGGAUACUUGGGGAGAGUGUGGUGGGAGACACUACCCUCAGUACAAUGCAUAUCAAUGCGCUGAUCAAUCAACUUACAACAAUUCAGCCCCUCUGAUCACAAGAUCCAAUGCUGAGGUCUCUACAUCUACAUCUAUGAGUUGCAAACGUGACCGCUCAAAACUGGAAGAAGAUGAACCAGUAUUUUUGUCAAAGGAUGAGAUUGAGAGAUACUCCCCAUCAAGAAAAGAUGGAAUUGAUGCACUACGUGAAACACAUCUGCGUUAUUCUUAUUGUGCCUUCCUUCAGAAUCUUGGGCUGCGGCUGGAGUUGCCACAAACUACUAUUGGCACCGCCAUGGUUUUGUGCCACCGGUUUUUUGUUCGACGAUCACAUGCUUGCCAUGAUAGAUUUUUAAUUGCCGUUGCUGCACUUUUUCUCGCUGCAAAGUCUGAGGAGACACCUUGUCCUUUGAACAAUGUAGUGAGAGCCUCUUGUGAGAUUUUCCACAAGCAGGAUAUUACUUUCUUGUCAUACCUGCUCCCUUUUGAUUGGUUUGAACAGUACCGAGAGCGAGUGAUUGAGGCUGAGCAAAUGAUUCUGACUACACUCAAUUUUGAACUCAAUGUGCAGCAUCCAUAUGGUCCCCUUACAUCUGUCCUCAACAAAUUAGGUCUUUCACAAACUGUGUUGGUGAAUCUGGCGCUAAACUUGGUCAGUGAAGGGAAGCAAUUUGAUUUGGACCAUCUUCUUGUAAAUAUAUUAUAUCUGGAUUUUCUCACACUAGUUCAGCUAAAGACAUGGUUUAAGAUUUAGCAAGUGAUCUUGCAGUUAUGAUGGCUUGUCUGUGUCUAUAGAUGGACUGGUUUGUGUCUAAAUCCCAACGAAUCGGAAGUUGUGGGGGACUCUUUGUACUUGGGCCAUGGAGAGUAUGUGCUGGGUUCUUCUUUUUCUCUUUUGGUUCAACAUAGUGUUCUACUAGUCUCAAUGGUUUUCUUUCAAGUAACUACACUAUGUAGUUAUUCUGGUAUGGGAUAUUGAUGUUUUUGGCAUGGCAUAUAAUUGCAGGGUCUACACAAGAUUAACGUGCUCACCUGUAUGAUAUUGUUAGCUGGCGGAUUGAUAUGCUGUGCAUGGAAAGUUUUUAAACAUCUGAAGUUGCUUUGCCAAGAUGUUGUGGAUCACAUUACUGUGAUUCGCCAUACCCCCAUCAACCGGGUUAUUUGCUAAAAAAGAUAGCCUCAGAACAUCCAAAAUCUUUUUUGCAUUCAACUUUUUCUCACUCUCUUCUUCCUUUUUCAUACUUUCAUUUGGAGCAAGUUGUCUAGCCUCCUUUUACAAACUUAAAGUUUGUAAGACCUGGCUGCUUGUUCAUUUAGCAUCCAUUCACCCUGAUUUGGAGGAAACUAAAUUGAUUUGACAAUGAUCAAAAUCCAUAGUGACUGGGAUAUCGUUUGUUCUUAUUUUCCCUCCUUAAUGAUUUUUGCCCUUAUUUUCUAUAUGGCAUGAGUCCCCUCUGAUAUCCUUUUUUUUUCUUAUCAAAAAAGAAAAAAAACAUUAUGCAUUAACUCCUUUUUUCUCCAAAUUUGGUGGCACUUUUUUGGUCUGAUAUCAUUAAGAUAAGGUUAUUUUAGAAUAAAAAGUUUAGUAAAUUGUUCAACAGGUGUAGAUACCUGAGUGUGUCAGAAGGUUGUGUAGCUGCAUAGUGUGAUAGAUUGAGUUUUGAUGUGCCAGUGUGAGGGCACUUGUGCACCUUAAAGUUUGACUGAGUAUCACCGUGCUGGUGUUUUGUGAUGGUUAGCUAGUGGAAAAUUGUUUGAUGUUGCCAGCAUAGAUAAAAUUGAGAAAGGAACAAACAGCAUGGUAGCUCUUUUUUUUAUUCUUUUAUAUACAAGGACACUCGAAUCCAAGUCCAUUAGGGGAUGAUGGUCACAGUAAAGUAAUUGAUCUAUAUGGCUCAUGGGCACAGAUGUCAGUUUCUCGGUGCUGGUAAACUCACAUAUAUAAAAUGCGUAGUUAAAUUGUUUGUUUGGAAACAAUUGGCACACAAACCUAAGACAUGUCAAAAUCUGACAAUGACCAUAUUAGGACACAUAUAUUUGUCGUGAUCUUAAUAUGAUGGAUUCCUUUAGUUGUGGCGCGGUUUCAGUCUGAUACCUUGACCCUACCCUAUUAUUGACCUUUGCUGUUUCGAAGACCUCUAAAAUGGGAAUAUCCGUGUGGUUUUUCUGUGCACCUGUUGUCAAUUAAAUGGACUGCAUAAACCUCCAUGACUAUGAGCGGAAGUGGUGCUACUGCUUGUAUCAUCCAGGAAAAAAAUUAGAUGUGGGCAUCCUUAUACUUUUUUGUUAUUGUCAUCUGCUGCUAUCAUUAUAAUUUCUACCAAUAUUGCUGUUGUUAUUAAUAUACCUGCUAUUCUGGUGCAUGACUCACAUGGGUGUGGUGAGCUGGGUUGUCUUUUUAUGCUCAGCUAUCAAAUGGCACCUGGAACAGGUACCAGCCUGCUACAUUUUGUGUUAAAUACAUCCAGGCAUUUGCAAAUCAGAGUAUGUUAAAUGUUCUUUAGGAAUUCUAAAAAUAUAAGAAGCUUGAACUUUUUCCCCUUGGUAAAAUUGGAGUCUGAGACCUGCUCCAUUCUCACUCUGCCCUUGGGGCUAUGCUUGAUUAAAGGAGCGAUACUAUUGAGCAUGAACACUCAAUCUCCUUGGCCCAGGGCUCCUGAUCUCUCCCAUGCUAUGCUUGGGGUGGCAAUAUCAGGCCAGAGGUUGUUCUUUGCCCGGCUUAAUUAGCUCCAUAGGUGAUCUCUGCUUCCUUUUCGAUUCAUGGUGUUGUUGACUGGCCAAUGUUGAGCUACAUUGGAAAAAUAUUCCCUGUAAGUUAAAGUCUUGAAAUUUGGAUUUGUUUUUCUUUUGUAGAAAGAUUGAAGAAACAACACCUUUCACGGUUCAAUGCCAUAAGCUGUUCUUAUUCUUGAAGGGGGACUGUAGGAUGGGGGGCCAAGUUAGCAAAGCAAUGCUAUAAUAUCACGUUUUACUAUAUUUGCCCCCAGCAUUGGGCCUUGACCUUGACCCCUUCGAUAUUCUAUCCCAUUCAUCUCCAGCUUCCUUUGACCCUUGAACCUUUUCAAAUCCAAACAUACUUUUCUACUUUUAACCACUAUCAGUUUAGAUGAUCCCUUGUAUCAGUUUGGGCUUUUAAAUCAUUCACAAGUAUGGUUCAAAAGAUUUCAGAACCCUUUCAUAUAGCCCGAUAUUAUAUAUAUGGAGUAAUUCAGUUUACAAUAUAUGUAUACAAUUAUGCCAUAUCUUUUUGCUCGUGGAUUUAAAUGUUGCUUAUAGCUGGCUAGAGGAUAUGGGAUGGUGUUAUUCCAUGUCUGGGGCAGCAUGCCUGAUUCAUGAGCAUUAGUUCAUGUGUUUUGACAAGCCUUUCCAGAUCAAGUUGUGGAGCAGAAGAUGCAGAAUGUGCUGCUAGUUUCUAUUUGUUUUAUUAUUUGAAUUGUGUAUGUUUCUGGAGUUAUAAAGCCCCUGCUUCAGAAUGGGCCUGGGAGUUGAUUUGUUUAUAAAUGAGUGUGUUGUUUGUUA